UGCGCGCCGCGCCGGGAGUUGGUGAUUGGCCCCGCCGCCCGCGGGGUAGACUUUGGCCUCUGGCGCCGCGGGAGGUACCCACCCGGCCCUCGGCGAGCAGGUGAGCGGGGCGGGCAGCCCGGGGUCUGGACGGGGAGGGGUCACCUGGGAACCCGCUGUCCUCUGCUGUACGCCUGUUGGGACGUGCACGCCCGGCCCGAGUGCUGACACGUCUGCAUUUGGGUCAGGUAGAGGCGGACCGACAGGCAGAGCGGGGCGCGGUCCUGGUCUGUGCAAGAGCUCAGCCCGGCGCGGUGCCCUGCUUCCGGGCCCAUCGCGAACACCGGCCCUGCGUGUCUCCGGAUUCCCUGCUUCCCGGCUCAUCGCGAACACCGGCCCCGCGUGUCUCCCGGUUCCCUGCUUCCGGGCCCAUCGCGAACACCGGCCCCGCGUGUCUCCGGAUUCCCUGCUUCCCGGCUCAUCGCGAACACCGACCCCGCGUGUCUCCGGAUUCCCUGCUUCCCGGCUCAUCGCGAACACCGGCCCCGCGUGUCUCCCGGUUCCCUGCUUCCCGGCUCAUCGCGAACACCGGCCCCGCGUGUCUCCGGAUUCCCUGCUUCCCGGCUCAUCGCGAACACCGACCCCGCGUGUCUCCGGAUUCCCUGCUUCCCGGCUCAUCGCGAACACCGACCCCGCGUGUCUCCGGAUUCCCUGCUUCCCGGCUCAUCGCGAACACCGGCCCCGCGUGUCUCCCGGCAUGAGGAACGCCAGCAAGGAGCUGCCUGGGGCCACCGGCCGCUACGCCCCCUGCGACUGGUAUUACCACCUCCCCGUGAAGCGGUCGGAGAAGGCUGUGGACGCCCCGCCCAUGUCCCAGAUCCCAGGCCUCAGCGAGCUCCGGGACACCCCCGGCGGGCACCUGCUGGGGACUCGGAGGUACUGGGUCAAAGACACAGACUCAGAGUACGUGAAGCUGGCCAAGCAAGGCGGCCGGCCCGGUAAGCACCCGGCGCUCGGGCUCUGCCCCGGGGACAGCGGUGGGUGGGCAUCCACCAUCAUCCCUUCCUGUGAAAGUCUCCCUGACCGAAGCUG